UCCUGACAAGGGACCGGUUUGUCCGGAAACUUUUGACAUCAUCAGUAGGAAGUCCAGCGGAGAACAAGCCUCCCAAAGACAAAUACGAUUUAACAUAAGAACACAAUCCGGAAUAAAACAGAGUAUGGACGCAGAUAAACCAAUUCAGACCACAGAUGCUCCUGGACCAGAAGGGGAGACCAAAAAGGCAGAAGCUGCAGCCAAAGUAGUCAACCACCUGCCCGAGGUUCGCCUGGUGGUGGUGGGCUGGAGGUGGCCGGGGAAGAGCCUGACAGGCAACACCAUCAUCGGCCGGGAGGAGUUUCGCCUGGAGCGAGCGGCUGAGUUCUGUGUCAAGAGGGAGACGGAGGUCGAGGGGCGGCAGGUGAUCGUGGUGGACACUCCAGGCUGGUUCUCCGCCCAGGACACGCCACCUUCCUACAAACAGGAGAUCGUCAGAGGGGCCUCGCUGUGCCCUCCGGGCCCACACGCCUUCCUGCUGGUCAUUCCCGUCGGCAUGUUCUCCGAGCUGGACCGCUCUCGCAUCGAGGAGCACGUGAGCCUGUUCGGGGAGAGGGUGUGGAGGCACACGAUCGUGGUGUUCACCUGGGCGGAGGUGCUUCGGACCAUUUCCAUCGAGAGGUACAUUCGCAGGGAGGGCAAGGAGCUGCAGUGGGUGCUGGAGAAAUGUCACCGAAGGUACUUUGUUAUUAACAACUGCAUAUUUGGGGAGCAUCCCCAAGUGGGACGCUUAAUGGAGAAGGUGGAGAAGAUGGUGGCGGACGAGGGCGGGCACUACAAUCCGGAGGAGGUGGAACCGGAGAAGAAACCCCUGGACGAGAACCAAAAUCCAGCCAGAGAUGUGCGGGAGCUGGGAGCCCGGCCCAAACAAGGCUCUGGUGUGGGUUUAUCAAAAGCCAUGGAGGUGGAGCCGCUUUCCAAUUAAAACGACAAUCUUGACUGACGGAGCCUCUCACCUACGACUAACGGAGCCUCUUCCUACUGUUCAGGUGACGAAGCUGCUUAUGUGACAGAAAAAGAUUAUUUUAUUUUUUUUUUUUUUUAAAUACUGUAACGUCACUGAAUGUACAAACCAGUGUGACUUAUUUUAUUUAUUAUUUUAAUCAGACAUGUUAUUGUGUGUGCGCAUUCAUUAUGUCGCACACCUCGCUGUGCUAUAGGAGGCAUUUAAAAAAACAAACAAAAAAAAAACCAACACACUCCUAUUUUCAUCCAAAGAUUUACUGUCCCUUUUUAAGAUAUUUGGAAAACGUUUCUAAGAGCAUCCCGAGGGUUGUGUGAUGGAAAGACUGUUAUUUAAAACACACAUGUUACACAUAGAAAUUAGCCGUUGUCAUUCUUUAAACUGGUGUGUACACUCUUUGGCUGAACUGCACUACUAAAAUGUUAUUCUAAUAAUCUGUGGAGGGAACUGCUUUUCGAAUGAUUCCCUUAUUCCUUGUGACCAAACUGUAAAUGCUUUUAUCUGCAGUGUUUGUUACAGUUGUGUGUGUGUGUACAGUCGAACAGUCUGUCGUGCUUUUCCAUGAAGCAGUAGUUUCGUUUCUUUUAAACAGAUGUUUAUGUUACUCUGUGGCAGAGGGACAUAUUUGAGGGAAAGGAUCAAUCUAUUAAUCAAUAUCCAGAUAAUUAUCUAGUUGGAUUAAAUCACAAAUAUUCACAAACUGUUAUAAUUCAUCUUUUUUUUAUUUCUUUUUAUAUUUUUUAAUCACCUUUUCUUAAAAUUAAAUAUCUUUGUUGACAAUUUGAGGGAUUUCAAUCGUGUUUUAUUUCUAUUUUUAAUUUAAAUAUCUUUUUUUUUUUAUGAACCAAAUUACUUUUCUCAAAUGUCACCAUUUGUAUGUAGCAUGUGUCUUCUCACACACAGACACAAAGUUGUGUUUCAGGUAAUCAGAGAAUAAAAAAAGGAUAUUAGUUAGCAUAAAAACGAGAGCACACUUUCUACCUUUAGAUUUGAUAACUUUCCUCAAGUUUUUAAUUUGGCGCUGUGAUGUUUUCAGUCUGUUUCUCCAGGGUGAGCGUUAGGUUGGCCUCUCACGAAGGGCGUCUGACAUUUAAAUUCAGGAAAAGCUGUAAAAUUGGUACACAAGGACCUCGGUGCAGAGCUGUUUUCUUUUAAGAGCCGCCCACUGAACUGAUGCUACCUUUAAAUGGGAAAUGUGGUUAUGUCAUGGGAAGCUCGUGUACACAAAACACUUGUUGUUAAAGGUUAACAUCAGCAGUAAGUCAUGACAGCAACACUGCGAAAAGUUCUGUUAUGUACAUUUUAAUAACAGUAUAAAUCUCCAUUCACUUCCAUCAUUUCCAAAAACGUCACCACUCGUGAACUUUUAUCCCUCUGGGAAUAUCCAGGUAAACACAAACCAUUUCAAGGCAGCAUCAGUGCCUUUUUCAUAGGGUUGAUGCUUAAAGUGCCUUUUUUUUUUUUUUUUUUUUUGCAAAAAAAAGAAGAAAAAAAAAAGAAUUACACUUGAAAAUGAAAUUUGCCUUGUUGAUUUUUUUGUGACCACUAGUUGUGCUGUAGAGAAAACUGUUUUUAAUCCAAAUGCACUUGAAAUAUUUCACUGACUAAUGCACAACUCGCACAACGUUAUGAGUUCGCAGGCUGAUAAUAAAUCAUAGGAGUGCCUUAAUUAGCCCCCUAGAUGUUAUAAGUGAUGAGGAUGUGUUUUAAACUUCAAGGAUACAAAUGUUGACAAGUAAUAACUUUAAAUGUGACAGAGAAAAUCUGCCAAGGGCUCCUCUACAGGCGGCUGGGACUCAUUUAGCACCUUUUUAAGGCAAUGGUGGCUCUUGCUAGUAGCGUGGGAUAAAUAGAGAACAGUCAGCUGCUCUGGACAGACGCUUGAUUCUUCCAUGAGCAGUAAAUGCUUUUCAUAGGAUCACUCCUCUUUGUGCCCUGUACCGACCUCUAGCUGAAUCAGGGGGUUCAAAUAUACACAAACAAAAGUCACAUACUGUUUUUGAUCAUAGCCAUGUGACCCAGUCGGGUCAGUCCAGUCCUACCUCUGUUAGGAUUUCUGUGUUUAUGGGGCCAUUAGCUGUUGGAGGCGUCGAAAGGUUGUUUUGAACAUGUCCGUCUGCCACGUCCUUACACACUGCUAUGUUAUAUUCGAGUUAAUCAGAGUGUAAAUGAGGUGUUUUUUAGUAGACUUGUUAAGUUGUAAAUCUGCGCCUUUAAGUUCCUUUGUGAAUGUUCCCAUGAGUUCUCUCCAUUAAAUCUGCAUGUUUCCCAAGGCCCAGAGAGACGUGGAGUAAGACAAGCGAGUAAAAGCAAUAUGCUGUAGGAGCUGCCGACUGUUUUGCAUGUUUUAUUUUUGUAUAUCAAACCUGGCGCUGUACACUCCCGAUAUGCACUGUCAAACCCAGCCCAGUCUGGGACAACACUGACAUGUUUGCUGGUAUGUGAAACUGAAAGGAGAGAUCGGAAACAAACCCUUUGUAAACAGGAAGAGUCAUUAUUACAAACACUGCUACAGAUGUGGGUCGUACUUGGCUCAAUGUCGCUUAUGUAAAAGGAAAGACAAGACGUAUAGGGCUACUGUAUAAAUACAGGCCAGAAACAGCUCUGAGGCAUGCGGCCUAAUAUAACUCACCCCUGUAGCUGUGUUCCAUAAUGCAUAUACCCUGUUUUUCUCAUUCCUGUGAUGCCUUUCUCAGUCCAGCAUGUGAAUCAAGUGACUCACGACACAAAACCAAGGGAGAGCCACCUCCCUGGGCUUUGUGAUGUGGCCUUUGUAUCUUACUAGCCCAUAAUAUUUGCAUCUUCUGCCUUGAUUAAAAUGAAAUGGCGUUAUUCUAUUUAGAGCUGCACUGUCUUUGUCUGUCUGUCAGGUCCAAAUAAAUGUCUAUAUUUUGAUCUAC